GUGACUGUGUCUGACAUUUCAAAGAAGGAAGUAUCCAGGUACCAAAGCUUCCAAGGCUGAGUAUAUAUUACCAAAGUGCCAGAGGAAAAGUAAGCUUUGAGAGUAGUGUGGUGUGACCAGUGGGCAAUGCCUGUACUCACUGUUGAUCUGAAAGUCCCAGUAGAAGUUUCUUGGAUAAUCAUCACAGAGGCAAGAAGUAUAUUUAUAGUUGAAGGCACCAUCAAUUGGCGUACUGCUUAUGAGAGAUAAGCCAUAUUCUUCAAACUUCCUUCUGCUGAGCACAUAUACUACACCUCCUCGGCCAGAUGAAGUGACAAUAUACAGAUGCUGGUUUCAGAAGGUCAGGAACAUUUCCAUUACAUAGAAAGAGAAGAGAGCAAGAGGAAGAAGGUUAGGAGCCAUAAAGCAAGCCUAAGUUCAGAUCUCCAAAGUUGUUGGUGUAGUUGAGUGAUUUACAUUGAAACUUGGACAUCUUCAUUUUAAGCUUGCAUUUGUCUCAGACUUGGAGACUGAAGUGGAAAAUACAAGUCAUGGUGAAGAAUGACAGAGUUGAGACUGACAGAGCUGGAGGAGGUUAUACCCCAGGGAAGAUGUGGGCCAGAAAUCCAAAGAGGACAGAUCGAGAGAGAGAGAGAGAGAGAGAGAGAGAGAGAGAGAGAGCAUCUGAAAGUCUCUCUUAAGAGUUCCAGGAUGGUGGGAAGAAAAGCAGGCCGGAGCCAAGGGGACCGAGCCAGGCCAGAGGAAUGGAUCCAUCCUCCUGCCAGGAGAGAUCUCCAGAAGAAGGGCUGUGCACUAAGUGGAACCAACAGUGGGCAACGGCCAGAUGGGUGCUGCUGACUCUCCUGCUUUUGGGCCUGCUCCUUGGUUCUUCUGUGCUUUGGUUCUACAUCUUCAGGAACUGUGGUCCUCUCCCCUGUGAGACACCUGUGUGUUUGCAUCUCCUGAACUAUUACCUGGCCUCUGGGAACAGCAGCGUAGCUCCCUGCACCAACUUCUUCAGCUUUGCCUGUGGAAAGCCUGGAAAGACUGUUAAUUCUUUUCAUGCUCUUGAAGACGAAAACAAAAGCCUACUGCGGAGAGUCCUAGAGACCCCAGGGUCCUGGCACCCUGGCUCUGGAGAAGAGAAAGCCUUCCAAUUCUACAGCUCCUGCAUGGACACAGAUGCCAUCGAAGCUGUAGGAACUGGUCCCCUCAAACAAAUUAUUGAGGAGCUUGGAGGCUGGAACAUUUCUGGCAAAUGGACUUUCUCUGACUUUAACCAAACUCUGGCACUUAUGAUGAGCCAGUAUGGACACUUUCCCUUCUUCAGAGCCUAUCUGAGGACUCAUCCUUCCCCUCCCCAUGCACCAGUCAUCCAGAUAGACCAGCCGGAAUUUGAAGUUCCCCUCAAGCAAGAGCAGGAACAGAAGAUCUAUGCCCAGAUCAUUCGGGAGUACUUGGCUUACCUACAGCAGCUGGGAACACUGCUGGGAGGUGACCCAGCGAAAGUGCAACAACAUGCCUCCUUAUCCAUCUCCAUUACCUCACGGCUGUUUAAGUAUUUGCGGCUCCUGGAGCAGCGACAGUCACAGGACAAGCUCUUCCAUGUGCUCACUAUUGACCAACUUCAGGAAAUGGCUCCUGCCAUCGACUGGUUAUCCUGCUUGCAAGAGACAUUCAAACCGAUGUCCCUGAGGCCCUCCCAGGCCCUUGUGGUUCAUGACCUGGAUUAUUUGAGAAACAUGUCACAACUGGUACAAGAAGAGAUGCUGAAGCACAGGGAUGUUCUUCAGAGUCACAUGAUCUUGGGGCUGGUGGAGACCCUUACUCCAGCACUGGACAGUAAAUUCCGGGAGGCACACAGAAAGCUGAGCCAGAAAUUGCAGAAGCUGACAGAGCAAUCACUCAUGCCAGCCCACCCGAGAUGGAAGAAGUGCGUAGAAUACACAGGAGCCUUCUUUGAGCCCACUCUGGCGGCCUUCUUUGUCAAGGAGGCCUUUGGCCCAAGCAUCCAACGCGCUGCCAUGAAAUUAUUCACUGAGAUCAAGGAUGCCCUAAUAGCACACCUCAAAAAGCUUCCCUGGAUAAGUGAGAAGAGCCAGAAAGAGGCCCAAGACAGGGUCACUCAACUACAGGUGAAAAUAGGGGCGCCAGACUGGGUCCUGAAGCCGGAGCUGGCCAGACAGGAGUACCAAGAUAUACAACUUGGUCCCAGCUUCCUUCAGUCUGUCCUGAACUGUAUCACAUCUCUCCAGGCAAGAAAUGUCCAGAGCUUCUUGCAACCCUUGUCCCAUCACAGAUGGCAGGUGUCCCCCUGGGGAGUCAACACUUACUAUUCCAUAUCUGAUCAUGUGGUGGUCUUCCCAGCUGGACUCCUUCAACCUCCAUUCUUCCACCCUGGCUACCCCAGAGCCGUGAAUUUUGGUGCCACUGGCAGCAUCAUGGCCCGUGAGCUGUUGCACAUCUUCUACCAGCUCUUACUCCCAGGGGGUUGCCCAGCCUGUGACACACAUGCCCUGCAGGAGGCAUUCCUAUGUCUGGAACACCAUUAUGCUGCCCUCCUGUUACCCAGCACGUCCUCCCUCAAUGGCUCCCAAACAUUCCUGGAGAAUGCUGCGGAUGUUGGUGGACUGGCCAUUGCAUUGCAGGCAUACAGCAAGAGGCUGAUACAGUACCGUGGGGAGACCACGCUGCCCAACCAAGACCUCAGCCCCCAUCAGCUCUUCUUCCGAAGCUAUGCCCAGGUGAUGUGUAGAGAUUCCAAUCCCCAGGACUUUAAGGACAUUCACAGACCCCCCAGUCUUCGAGUCAACGGACCCCUUAGCAGCAUCCCCGAUUUUGCCAGAUAUUUCAGCUGUCCACGCGGUACCCUCAUGAACCCCUCCAGACGCUGCCAGCUGUGGUAACUUGGCCACCAAGAGAUUUCAAAGCAGGUCUGUCACAACAGAUCUC